UGCCAGAUUGCACGUACAGAAUUAUCAUUCUUUGGCCACACCAUUAGUGCUACUGGUCUCAAGCUGGACCCCCGAAAAAUUGAAGCCAUCAGAAAUAUGGAUCCCUCUACAAGUCUCCCAUACCUGCAGAUCUUCCUUGGAAUGAUUCAAUAUCUUG